CCGAACAUUACGUAGCUCGGGAAGAUGGUGUACGGCCACCCGAAUGGGGUCAACUGCGUGAAGGGCGAGAUACACAACGUCCUGAGUGUGAUGCGGGUGAAUGCUCGGUGGGCGACGGCAGCUCGGUUCAAGCGCGAGGUGCCAACACACACGCAGAGUGCAUUGUUGCGACGUUUCAAAGAUCUGCACGUCUCGCUGGAAGGUGUGAUCGACCUCAGCGACGUGGACACGUUGACCGUGCUGGAGCCGUUCGUGCAUGUCGUGGAGAGCGAAAAGACGUCGGGAUUCAUUACGGGAGCAGCGAUCUCGAGUCUGAACAAGUUUCUCCUGUACGGACUGAUUCCCCCAGACGGAUUGCGCGCGACGGAAGCGAUCAAUCGCAUCGCGCUGUGCGUGUCCCGGUGUCGAUUCGAGGAAACCCACCGUGACGUCGACGAAAUGGUCUUGAUGAAGCUGCUCGAGUUGCUCGAGUUUUGUCUGCGUUGUGAAGCCGGACCGCUAAUCUCGGGCGACAACGUGUGGAAGAUGGUGCACACGUGUUACAGCAUCUGCACGCAGGCGCGAGCGUCCAUGCACUUGAUCCACAUGGCGGAAAACACACUGGCCCACGUUAUCUUGACCGUGUUCGACCGCAUCGUCGACAUGGACGCGCAGCUCGUCGCACCGUCCGUCACAGGACCCAACGAGAACGACGACGACGAAGGUUCUCCUCUAGAGGGCGACGAAAUGACUGGGCAAGUUGUGCUGCCGUACGGCAUCCCAGUUUUGGAGCAACUGUUGCAGUUUCUGUCCGAUUUGAUCAAGCCCAAGGGCAAGGAAGACACAAUUGUGUUUGGGUUGAGCUUGAUUAACUUGGUGCUUGAGACUGCUGGAACGGGCCUCGGCGCGCAUCCGUCGCUCGUGUCGGUGCUGCAAGGCGACCUGUCCAAGUACUUGCUUCAAAAUUCGGAAACGAACGAGCUCCAGGUGCUGAGCUUGACACUUCGCGUCGUGUUCAACCUGUUCAACUCGAUCAAGGACCACCUCAAAGUCCAGCUCGAAAUCUUCUUCACGAGCGUACACAUGCGCAUCAUGGACAGCCCAAGCUGCUCGAAUGAACAAAAGGAACUCGCCCUCGAGAGUUUGCUUGAAUUUUGCCGUGAACCGGCGCUCAUGCUCGAUCUAUACAUCAACUACGACUGCGACGUCCACUGCACCAACUUGUUUGAAGUGCUCUGCACAGCUCUGGCCCAAACGACGCAAGUGACGUAUUUUCCGGACCUGCCCCCCGUGUUUAACAUUUUGAACUUGCUCGCAUUGGACGGAUUACAAGCCGUCCUCGAGUCGAUCGCACGGCGCUGUCCGCUCCACUUGACGAACUCGUCGAAAGUUGACGUUACAGGCACUGACUUGGCAGCGUUGGUCGAUCCUGUUCACAACGGAUUCGGGGCAUCACUCCCUGCCAUUUCCCCCAUGAGCUCGAUCCAAGAAGUGAUGCACUUGGUCAUGAGCGACACGGAGUCGGACAGUGGUGACGCGGGCAGUGCCAUUCCCGCCAACGAUUCCCUCGCGUGGCUGCAUACAGCUCGCGAGCGAACGGCAGAAGUCCUUCAACAACGCAAGCAGAACAAGAAACGGUACUUUUUGGCCGCGGAAAAAUUCCACUCGGAACCCAAGAACUGGAUUGCGUACUCACAACAACUGGGACUGCUGCCGAAUCCGAUCACUGCCGAAUCCGUCGCUGCCUUCUUCCACCAAACUCCUGGCCUCAACAAGACUUCGAUCGGUGAUUACUUGGGCGACGGACCAAAGGAAGACAAGCCAUUUCACGAAGCUGUGCGCAACGCCUACGUGGGAAUGUUCGACUUUCGAAAUGCUCCGUUGGACGAAGCGCUGCGCAUGUGCUUGGCCAAAUUCCGCUUGCCGGGGGAAGCGCAAAAGAUCGAUCGGCUCAUGGAAGCGUUUGCAAAGGAGUAUUUCCACCAAAUUCAGACGGAAGAGCAUCCGUUUGCCCAUGAAGACUGCGCGUUCAUUUUGUCGUUUAGUAUCAUCAUGCUCAACACCGACUUGCACAGCGAUCAAAUUCAAAAGAAGAUGACGCUGGACGAAUUUGUCCGGAACAAUCGGGGAAUCAACGGCGGCCAGGAUCUGCCCCGCGAAUACUUGGAGCUCCUGUACAACAACAUUAAAGCCAACCAGAUCAAAAUGCAAACCGACAUCUCCGACAUGCAAGUCGUCACGACGGUGGAUCGGUACUCGGCACAGUGGGAUGGAAUCUUGAAGCGCCAAGAAAAUGUCGUGGGUGCUUCGUUUACGUCCAACGCGUCAAUUCUAAAGCUGCGCGCUGGUCGCCACGAACGGGAAAUGUUUGCCUUGAUUGUCGACAGUACAACGGAGAGCAUCUUGAACGCAUUUGAGCGCACGUGCGACGAAAUGACCAUGCAAAAGGCCCUGGACGGCAUCACAAACUGCAUCAAGAUUGCCGUCUACUUCAACAUGUUGCCCGAAUUGAACAAACUCUUGGCCGCACUCGCCGCGUACGUUGUCGAGUUUGCGCACAGCGUCCUGAACGGCGACAAGGUGCAUGUCCCGCUCCAAGCGGCCCCCGACCAAAUCGAUGAGGACCGCGCGAGUCGCUUGAAGACGACGCGGACGCUGAAGGCGCUCGACGUGCUAUUUGAUGUCGUCCUCCAGCAUGCAGACUUCCUCACGGUCGAAUCGUGGACGUGUGUCGUCGAGUGCAUGCUGCUCUUCAACACUCUCGACAUUUGCCCGGCGUCGCUGGUCGAAAUGGACGACUUUGUCGAUGCCCGUGGCGUGCCGUUUCCGCCAACGCAGUUGAGUCCGAAAGCCCUGCAUAGCAAAAGCGGCAAGCUCCGAGAGCGGACGCGCCGUCUUGCCGAGCGCCAAGCGGCCCACCGCCAAACGAUGCCGUCGACUUUGUCUCAACACCCUGCUUCGUUCUGGGACUCCCUGUCGUACUGGUGGGGCGAAGAAGAGGGCGAGGCCGACACCGACUUCCCCCUGGUGAGCGCCGCGCUGCGGGAAGCUGUCUCGCGGUGUGGUCAAGGGCUGUUGGAGCGUGAAAUGUGGCUCAAGUUUUGCCGCAAGCUGCACAGCCGCAGCAUCGAAGCACUUUUGAAAGCGCUGCUCCAUCGAAAAACGGGCAAGAGCGAGACGGAAGGCGACAUGGUCCAGGAGAACGCGAUGCUCGCCCUGGAGUGGGCCACCAACGUGAUCCUUGUCAACCUCCAUCGUUUCGGCGCGCUAUGGCCCCUCAUGCACACUUAUGUGGCCCAAGUUUUGACUGAUCCGUCCAAACCGUUGCUGGUCGAACGAGCGGUCGUAAACGUGCUGCGGGUUUGCAUUCGGCUCUUCCACGAUGCCGACUCGCGUCCGUUGCUGCUGGAGACGCUCGUGUUGCUGAAGAGCUUGGAUAGCCCGAUGUGGCAAGUGCUGGCGGAAAGAGUUGCCACAGGCAUGCAGCUGCUGCUCAAAGCCAACUUGAUGUACAUGCACUCUCUGUCGCUGUCGACGUGGGAAAUGCUGUUUGGGCUGCUCGGGAUCGUGGCGCAGUACCCCGCGGGGUGGGCAGCGACCCUCGAGGCGAUCCGGCAACUGCAACAAGAUGGCGGCGUCCCAAAGGAAUUGGUCGGGCUCUGGACAGGCGUGUGCAUGCGCCUCAUUAACCAGCGCACGGGCGUCGAAGGCGACGCCCUCAAGCUGUUGUACGGGGUGGCCAACAGCGAGUCUGCAGACGGCAGUUGGAUCGAUUUGAUGCGCAUUUUGCUGUCGUACUUGCAAGACGAGCGGCCAGCAGUCGCCAAGAUGGCAUGGGACUGCUUGUACCGGAGUUUGAUGGUCCCUGGCGUCAAGAUUGCAUCGCGUGUGUGGAAAGAAUGCUUUGAAGAAAUCAUUUACACGCUGGACGAUCGCUCGCGGUACGUCGAGUAUUCGCUCGUGGCCACCCGUUUCGUGAUGGAUGGCUCACGGACGUAGCCACGGAACAACCAAGGACACGCGAGACAUGAGUUUGUACAGCACGACGCUGUUGUCCAAAGUGUUUUUGUACAACAUCCACACCCUCGCAGAGUUGGAUUGCUUUGACGACCUGUGGCUAAACGUGCUCAAGCGCCUCGCGACCAAGCUGCAGACGCCCCACACGGCCCAACACGUUGAAGUGUACGAAACAACGCUGCACUCGUUGCACAACCUGCUCGUGGUCAUGACUGCCGAGGGCAUUUUCGACCAACACGCCAACCUGCUCGAGGUGUCCCACGACGUCAUUCGAACGAUCAGCCCCCAUGUCAUGCAAACACUCGGGGGACGUCCCGACGACGACGUUGCUCGAGACGAUCCGGACAUUGGGUCGGGGGACGUGCCCUCCGACGUUGGAGGCCCGGAUCACUCUGCAUGAUGGUCGAAAAGUCGUCGAGAGGCUCGUACGAUGUCUUUUGUCUCGCAGCGUAUAAAGAACCGCAUGAUGUUCAAAUGUUGUGUGGACUCGUUUCAUCCAUGUUGUCGACGAGUGUUGUGUCCAUAUGCGACCUUGACGGAGCGCCCCAGUUGGAAUAACUCUGCGAGCGCCGUCCACGUACGUCGAGGGCGACCAACGAUUCGUUUGGGGAUGUGCUUUGCACGCCG